AUGACUUGUUGUGGAGGCUCAAAGCCUAAACAGUCAUUUGUGGUUCCUUUAUGGCUGAACCUUUCGUGGGUUAUGCUAUUUACAACAUAUUUCUUUUUCGCAACUUCAUUUGCAGGAUAUAUUAUUUAUUAUAUGCAAGGAAGAUUUAUUGGAUAUUUCUCUAAUAUAUCAGAAGUGGAGAUAGGUUUUUUUAACGAUAUCGACUUUUCAGCUACUGCUCCGAUUUCUGGUCUAUUCUUUUGUCUUAAUUUUUUACUUUAUUCUAUUUACGGAAAGCUUUUUAUGGAAUUUGGUCAGACAACAAUUAACUUCAUUUACGUUUUACUUGCAAUAUUCUGGCUUACAUCAGUUGGUGUUGGUGCAUGUCCAUUUUCUGAAUCAUAUUACGGGCAACUCAUCCUUGACUAUAUAAUAUUUAUAUUAGUAAAUGCUGGAAUUAUCUUUUUCCAGAUUGUUACCAAGCCAUUUACUGAAAAAUCUGUUUGGAUGUUUAGACUCAUUCUCAUGCUCUCAAUGAUUGUUCUUACAAUAGUACAGAUUAUCCCAUAUAAAGUUUUUAAUGAUUACAGAUACAUGACAGCUGCUUCCGUUUGUAAUGUAGCGUUCUACGCUUGUUGCUUAAUAAUUCACGCAACAUGGAGAGAAGAUGUUGCUAAAAUUUCGUUUGCAUUAGUUAUUGAAGACGAUUUCGAUGUUAACGAAGAAGAUGAAGUUCAAUCAAUGGAUGAAAUCAAUGAAGAAGAAGAGCAAGCUGUAGCAUAA